AUGAGUCCUUUCAAGGUUAUCAUCAUUGGCGCUGGGCCUGUGGGUUUAGUGCUCGCGCAUGCGUUACAAGCGUCCAGCAUCGACUACGUGAUCGUUGAGCAGCGAGCGCAGGUUCCUCCGGAGCCGGCUUAUGGUCUGUUUUUAUGGCCUCACAUAUUGCGAAUCUUUCAUCAGUUGGGCCUUCUGGAUGCUGUCGAGGCGGUUGGUCAACCCAUGCUUCAUUCUAUGCACUUGUCAGCUCAAGGCGAGGUUCUGCGUCACGGUCAGGGCUUCGAGGAGUUGGUCAUGCUCUACGGAUAUCCAAUGAUGCUAUUCAAUCGAGGAAGCUUUGCCAAAACAUUGGUGGAAGCACUUGACAGCCGGAAACAACAUGUCAAGACAAACAAGAGACUUACCAACAUCGUUUCCCACGAAGACGGAAUCAGAGUCGAAUUUGCGGAUGGGAGCUCAGAAAAUGGGUCCAUGGUCAUUGGAGCUGAUGGUAUUUGGAGCACCGUCAGAGAUCAAAUGAUGGCCAAAGCCCCAGAAGGGCUCUUCGACCAGAGUUCGAACCCGUUCGAAGCACCAUACGCAGGCGUAUUCGGCAGAACAGAUUGCAUUCAAGGACUAGCUCCUGGCAGUAAUAUCAAUGUUUACCAACGGGGUACUCACGUUCAAGUUUUCACGUCAGAGACAGAGGCACAGAUGAUUGCCUAUCGUCGCAUACCAGUCUCGAGGGAGCGCACACACUUUGGACAAAAUGACGCAGAGGAUGCUGCCAAGCCCUGGCUUCGGGUUCCCGUGGCCAACAGCGUCACGUUUGGUGAUUUGUGGAAUAGUAAAUCGGCUGGUGGGAGCGCAAACUUCGAUGAAGGUGUACUCCGAUGGUGGCAUUGGGGCAGGAUGGUUUUAGUUGGGGAUGCAGCACACAAGAUGAAUCCCGUUAGAGGUGCAGGGGCAUGCUGCGGCAUCGAGGACGCCAUAACCUUGGUCAACGUCCUCAAAAGGGUACUACGCUCUAGCCCGAAUCCCUCCGAGAGAGACUUGCGUCAGACUUUUAUAGCAUAUCAAGGCGCCCGGGAGCCUGCAGCUAGGCUGUGGAUGGAUAUCUCUCGAGUCAGCCUUGAUCUAUCCACAGGCCCUUCUCAACCCGCAUUAAAGGCAGCGAGGAUUGCCGACAUGAGAACCGUUUCCCUGGUCGCAAAUGGACCAAUCUUGGAUGAAGUUCCCUUCCUAGAAGAGAAUAGUGGAUUCAUCCCAUGGCGGAAGAAGCCGCGAAGUCAAAUGAUCACGCAUCAAGUCAAGUCCCAGCUUUAA